AUGCCGGGCGAUCCGAGCCCAAAAGGUAAGAAUUUCUCAUUGAUAAAGCAGAAUAGUUAUAAAUUCUUCUAAAUGAAUGGUAUUUAUUCAGUAACAAAAGCGGAAAUGUUGGUUCAAACGCAAAAAGGGCGCCCUUUUUAUUCUUUAUGAUCAGUGAAUUAUAACGUAGUCAAUAUGGCGCUCAAUAAUAAAUUUUAACUUUUAGCGUUUGUUCAAAGAUCCCCAACUUUGUGCGAUUACUCCUCCUUAUCCAGACCCUGAUUUUCAGCUGUACUGAAGUUUUAGUCUCUUGCGAACUAAAACAUGUCCUUGUUUCUGUUUGAAAGUCAUUUACAUUUUGUUCUUAGAGAAAAAUCAACGCUCUGGAAAUCGAAUACUCGACAGAAAGAAUUCUGAGAAGAUUGUGAUAAACUGAAACAAGCUAAUAAAUAAGUGAAUUCCAUCGUGUAUGUCCCUUUAGCCAACCGACGCGUUGACGCAAUUUCUUUAACCCAGAAAAUUCUAAUUGUAAAAAAAAUAAUUCCCGUAGGAUUAUACCUAGAAGAUUCUAAGGCAACAAAGAAAAUAUUUACUAAUCUGAAUGUUUCUCACACCUUACCCACGCGAAGACUUUCUUUAACAUAUAAAGCUCAUAUGAUCACAUAUGAACAUGGUUCUGUCUACAAUUUCAGGUUCUUCUGGCACCAUAAUAGCAUAUAAUGGCGAUUCUGCUCGCGGAUGGAAUGAUCCACCGACCUUCGCUUUUUCUAAUAAUUCGACCGGAAACAAACCCAAGUUAGACUUGAGAAAGCGAGUUUCUCAUCAACAAGCCUUGCACGGCGUUCAAGCGGCUUCCCCGGGUUUACAAACGUCUGCUGUUGGUAAUAAAGACGAUCUUGUCAAUGGUGAGUAACAUAAAGACAUGUACCUUCAAUGUAGAGAGAGUUUGUGUGCUAAAGCAGGCAAAUGAAACGGUACUACUUAAAUAGUAAUAUUUUAUUAUAUAAGUGUGUGCGUUUUUAGUUGCACUCUUGUCUUCACAAUAACGAUUCGCUUGUAAAAUCCAAAUUUUGAGUUUGAAUAAAUUUAAUGGUAUUGUAAGUUGUGAAGACAACACAAGACCAUGGUAUUUACUUCUACCAGUGUUGAAUGUCAUGUUCUCGGUAGACAUUGGUCAAGUUCUUGUUUACAACAUGGGGUAUCAAAGCCACUUGAUUUUUCAGCCAAGCAUGCAGCAGUGUAACAUUGCCACAAUGAAGAAAGAAUUAUCCCACAGAAUUUAUGAUUAUUCACAUGAUAAUGACUAUUUUUCUAGUAUCUGCUUACAAGAACUCAAAUUUCCUACAGUAUACAUUAUUUAUCACCAAUAUGCUGACUCACUGUAAGUCAACAUUGUUCCCAGAGUCUUUUCUCUUCCUCUCACCUAAAGUGGGAUUAGGGAGCUUUAUCAUUGACAGCAGCAAAAACAUUACUUUUAAAAUGAAUUAGCAUUUUUUGGGGAGCAAGGGUGACGCAGUGGUGAGCAUACUUGCCUCCCACCAAUGUGACCGGGGUUCAAAUCCCGGCCUCAAUGCCAUAUGUGGCUUGAGUUUGUUAUUAGUUCUCUCCCUUGCUCCAAGAGGUUUCACUUCGGGUAUUCUGGUUUUUCCCUCUCCUCCAAAACCAACACUUCCAAAUUCUAAUUCAAUCUGGAACGCACGGACACGUUCAAAUGAGUUCAUAAGAACUCCUAAGUGCUUUGUGGGUAACAAAUUAUUAUUUUUUUCCAAACAUGUUGCGUUUAUUCCAAUUCGCUUCAAAUGUUUUAUUGUUGAGUGUUAAAAGUAGAAAGACUUUACUCAAAUUUAUAGAUUGAUCUUAUUGUCAGUAUCCAUCUGAUUGAUUUGCUCAUUUGUGAUUGUUUCAGGUGUUGCUGGACUACAACUGAAUGGUGCUAAACAACUUUAUACACCGCCACCAGUGACUGCUGCACCUCAUGUUAAUAACAUUUUUACCCCACCACCAGUGGUACCAGCGGCGUUCACAAGAAGCAUAUCCACACCUUCAUUCAACAGUGAAACUGUGACACAAGCAGGGCAAUCUCCUGCUUAUUUAGCACAACCUGAGAACUCCAGAACGCUGCAUACACAUGCUAAAUCAACGGACAAUAUAUCAGGAAGUCUUGGACAGCCAUUGUUUGAUCUUAAAGACCAUAGUUUUGAGCCAGUAAGAACUGCUCCCUUUCACAGCAUCCGUUCAAAUGCUGAAAUUGGAGAUCAUUUUGAUGAUCACCAUUCUGACAAUCACACGUGUAGCUCGCCACAGAUCUUUCAUCCAAUUACACCACCAGUAACGACUGCUCCUUCUGUGCCGAGUUACCAAGCAACUCAGCCAGCUGCUCUGCCAUUAGGACAUGUCACCCCUCCCCCACUCUUACCAUACCAGCCCCCGGUGGGUCAGGUAACACCACCUCUGUACCAUGUUCAUCGCCACAGCCCAGUUCCACCUACAGUUCCAUCCCAGGGGACUGGGGUACCACCUGUUCAUAGUACGACUCCGCCAUUACCUCCAGGAAAUCACAUUCCACCCACGGGAUCUCUGAGUGCUGGUAACACUCCAAGGAGUACUUCACCAUCUAGCCAAGAGAAAAACGGAAAUGCUGUUAGUGCAAUAGAUGAUUCACAAGGACUUAAAGUGACAAUGGAUGCUUUGCAGGAUGUAAUAAACAAGCUUCAUGACACAUUAGAGGUUGGUUCUUAAUAAGAGAGUGGCCAAAGUUUUUAUCAUUCAGUAAGAAAGCCUUGCAAAAAGACCCAUAAUUUGAGUAUAGUGGACCUUUCAUAUCAACACUGUUAAAGCCACUUCUACAGUGACCCUGUUGCCCUGCUGUCCAUGUCCUAAUCUUAGUUACUACACAAUCAUUCUCAACCAACCAAGUCAAAUGUGGCAAAGUGGGUUUAGAUGAUAAGGUGAUCGCAAGGAAUCAUCUCUGAUACAGUGCUGAAGGGAUGAUCCCGGGGAAUAAGGUGAUCGCAGUCACUAUAUGGCUCAUAGGAAGGGCUAUGAAGUUUGAUGUACAUGCGCUGAUUUCCAUAUAAAUUCAAAAUCAAGGUGAUAAUUACAAUCUGGACUAAAGUGUUGCCAAUGAUCAGUUUGAAAAUUAAUUUAAAUAUCUUUGUUGAGUACCUGUCAGUUAAAAACCGCCAUAUGGUUCAGUUUACAGAAAACCCUUCCUCCAUUUUUGGAUAAAUAGGAUAGGCUUUGUAAAGACAGAAAUACUUUAAAAUUUGAAAAGGGAAAGUGCUAGAGAAUAAAUAAGCUAAAAAGGGUGACAUUAUGAACAGCGAGUACUGAUAAAUAUUAUUCGCCCUCUGUUGUCGUGCAGAAAAGAGUUGCUGAUGACAUUUCAAGAAGACUUCAAAUAAUGGCACAGAAUUGGACAAAUGGGAAGCUUAGUCAAGGUGUUAAGAGCAGAAUGAUCAAACUAGCAAAAGGUAAAUAAUAUUAUUCAGUUUCUCCACACUUAUGUAGCUUUUUUACAUCCUGAUGAUUAGUGCAGUAUUAACAGAAUAAGUGACAUCUUGCUUUCGUUUCUUUAACAAAUCAGCCCUGGAUGAUGGCAAUGUUGAAGAAGCUCAUCAUAUUCAUGUUUCAUUGAUGGUGGACUUUGUUGCUGAGGUAUGCAUGAAUAAUCUCUUCUGUAGUCUUUGUAACUCAGAAAUACAGUAAUCUCUCUAAAACAAUUACAUGUACGGUUAGAACCAGUACUGGGUGACUAUUCCAAAUUUCUGUCUUAAACAAAGUCAAAGAAAAGGUUGGAAGAAAGGCAAAGAUUAUAAGAAUAACUUUUAUUCACCGAAUAACAUUACUAUUAUUCACAUUGUUGAGGCCCUUAUGUGGGUUAUUCCUGUUUCUGUUUUCUUGCAAAAUCACGUUAAAUAUUUUGGAUUAAUUCAGCCUUGCCGCUAAGUUGCAAAAGAGAUAAUAAAACUUUUUUUUCAGGUUUUUAAACUGUGUAUUCUAGUAAAAGCUGAUAUUUCAUUUUUUGUGAACCUAGGUCUCUACUGAUGGAAAUGCUCUUCAAACCUUUGCAAAAAUAAACUUGAAAAUAUUUUGUCACUGGUUUUGCUCCCUGUAUGGUAUUAGUUCAGUUCAGAAUGUCCAGAUGUUUUGGUCUCAAAAAUAUACUCUAUUGACAACAGUAUCCUUGUGGCUACUAUCUAGAUGAAGUUUUCAGCCUUAGAAAUUUGCCAAUUUUUGUACUCAUGGCAUUGUUCUUUCCGUUUAGGUCAACCAGUGGAUGGUGGCUGUGAAGAAACUGAUCAAUCUAGUUCGUUCUUCAAAUGCAUUUUCAACUCACUCCUGACGAAACAAAAAUUAUGACUAUGUAGGAGUUAAUCCAAAGAAUAGGAUUUUAAGAUUGAUGGGGAUGAAAAUGAAAGACUCAAAUCAGGAUAUACAUGUAUGGAACAGUGUCUAAAUAAACAGAUCUAUGAAGGCUGAUGAAACAUACAUGGGUGAACUACGGACAGCAUAUUGAUAUUCUACCAAGAGACAUUGAUGUACACACAGUAGUAGAACUAAUUAUUCGUCAGUUUUUGAUCAAGACGGUGAUUUUCUGGGGUAAUUAUAUGCUACUUAUUAACUGAGAGUGAGGUCAUUACUGGAUUGCGAUGUCACAUCAAGGCCGAGGUCUGAGAUUUCCCUGUAAUGACCGAACAGACAAGAUUAAUAAGUAAUUUAUUAUAUGGCCUUUUCUUUAUGCAUCUGAACCUGUGAGCAAUUAAAACCAAUAACUGGUCAGCGGAUAACUUUAAAAAAACACGUCACCUCAAUGAGUUGUGCACUUGAGCUGGCAAUACAGUCAUGUGACACUGGUCAGCAGAUACCUUUUUGACAGCUGUCAAUUAACCAUAACAUGGAUGUCCAUAAGGAUGUCCAGGUCUAUCAAGUUAAGCACAGAUUGUAUAUGCCUUGGACACCUAGCUGGUAAUGCCCGGUCACUACAAGAAAAUAAUGCCUGCUUAGCAGCCAGUCAGAGAGCACGUACUAUUGUAGCCAUAUAAUAAAAAUUAUUAAUAUUUUAAUUUUAAAAUUAUUAAUAGUUUAGUAUGAUUAUAAAUUUAUCCUGCUUAUAGCACAGUAAUGGUGACAAUUCUCUUGUAAUGGAAGUGUAAAAAUGUUCAAAAGAAUUAACGAUUUUACCCUAAUACUCUCAAAUCUAGAAUAAUGAUUAAAGCCAUCAGAAUUUCAUUUUGCAAAUUAGAAUGCUGGACAAUUUAUGACAAAUGCCAGGACGACUCCAGCGUUUGAAAGUUAGAUUUCCUUAAGGUGUUUCCAUUGCUGAUCAUCAGAGUAAACAGUGGUAAAAAAUAUUGUUGUCAAGUUUUGUAGUCAGAUUUUAUUUUGGAUAGAGGAUGAUGAACAUAAUUUAUUUUCUAUUCAUUGAAAUUAUUGAUAGUAGUUUUAGUUAAAAUGUGCCAUAUUCCAGAAAUUACACAAAGGUAGCUCUGGAACAGCAUUUUUUUCAUUUAGUUUAAUUUGCUGCAAGCUUCCAGUGGUUUGUGGAAGGUAUCAGUUCCUUUGUGAGGUUUUAGGAAACAGACAAGAAACAAGACUGAUUCAGAACUGACUCUUUACCUGAGAAAUAUUUUACACAAAUGAACAAUAUCAAAAUAUUCUUGAAUUUUAUUUUCGUUUAGCAUGAGCAAUGACCUUUGCUUCAUCUUUAUUUUCCUCGUAGCUCAGUUGCAACUUAAUAGUAUUUUGUGAAUAUUUAUAUUGCUACAACCAGCAUAAAUAAUUAUCAUGAACAGCACAAACUCUACUCUUGACACACAUGUAAAAACUGAGGCAGUUAUCUUGAGGGUGGGUGUGAGGUGAGUGUAGAAACUACAAAAACCUGUUGCGAUUCAUUCAACCUGAGGGUGUAAACUUAUCUUUAAUUGAUUUACAUGCAUUGGAUUUGAAUGUUACUCUAUAGUUUCGACACAAACUCUCAUAAUGACACUUGUUUGGCAUCUCUCUGGACGCAUUGUGAUAGUCAAGAAACCAAGAUUAAUGCUAAACAUUAACACUGAGAUGGAGCGAAUGUAUAUAGGAAAAGUGAGUGUGGUGAUAAAUGUCACAAUUAGAGGAG